UUAAAUAUUUCAUUAUGUUAAACGAUUCUCCAAUAGAUAUCUUAUUUUAUAAAUGUAUAUAUUAUUUUAUAAAUUCCACUGUUCGCGUUCUUUAUUUUAACAUUUCCAUAGCUCUUAUCGAUAUGUACAACUCAAUGCAAGAGAUCCUUGUUUUCUUAGUUAUAUACAAGAGAGUACCAAAUACAUUUCGGGCGGUCAAGUAAUUUUCGUAUAGGUGUGAAGCCCGACGGGGUAUUGGGUACUGAUCCCUUGCUCGUGCAUUACCGCGAGGAAAACGAAAGGCUGCAGAAUGCAAAUGAGGAGCUGGCGGAAAAAGUUCGCAACCUCGAGGAGAGUCUCGCCGAACGAGAUUGCUGCGACGAUCCGUGCGAAAAAGUUAAAUACGUGAGGGAGAAAAUAGCAGCGCUGAGAGAUCGUUUUGCUGCCGAAAAAAAACAAAUGCGAGACACGAUAUCGCAUCUGAAGCUGAAGCUGGUGGAAGCCGAGGAGGAUACUUCCUGUGCGGCAUUAAAUCGUUUGAGGGCAAAGCUUCGUGAGUUAAUGAAAGAUGGUCAGAAGGCUGAUCAACAGGUGUCCGUGGUUGUCGAGAGAUCAAUGCAGACAUCGGUGGAUCUAUCAAAGAGCUACGAGGAUCUGUUACGAACGGAGCGUCUGCAAGCUGAAUUGACGCAGAUUCGCCGUUCAAUAGAGGAGGUUGUUACACCGGUCUCAGAGGAGAGGAUCCUUCCUCUACCUACAGAUGAGGAAGAAAUGGACAUGUCGACACUGCUAAGCCAGUUACGUAAUUGCGAGACGCUCCUGGCUGAAUUGAAAACGCAUUUGGAUGAGAAGACGGCUUACGCGGAGGCUCUACGAAGCGAACUCGAUCAACAGAAAGCCGCCGCCGUCGCCGCACCGUCGUUAGAUCUGGAUCAGUUAAUCGUCAGUCCUACGACCACGAUGGAUGAAAUGGCCGAAAUGAAGGAGGAACCUGGAAAACCUGACGAUAAGAUUACGGAGCUACUCGGAAGCCUGCGGCAGUCGGGACUGGCACGGGAUGUGCAAGCCGUGAGUAAGUUGCAGAGCGAGAUCGAAGAUAUGAGGUCCCAGCUGUAUAAUCUUGAGACGGAGAAAAAGGAACUUCUCGAUGAGCUGGGGAAGAUACGAGAUGUGGCGGCCGAGAGAGACUAUCAAAUAAAUGAACUCCGCAACGAAAAUGAGCUUCUGAAGGAGCACGUUGAGACAACGAAAUCCGAACGCGACGAAUUAAAUAUCAAGAAUGCAUCGUGGGACAGGGAAAUUCGAAAAACACACGAAGAAUUGGGGGCAGUUAAAGAAGAAAAUAAUGAAUUAAGGAGCGAGAUCGAUAAGUUGAACGUUGACCUGCGUCUUGAGGAAGAAAAAUUUCAAGUGGCGCAAGAAGAGCUACGGAGCAUGAGGGGCGAUUUGCAUAGUCUCGGGGCAGAGAAUGAAUUCUUGAAAGAGACAUUGGAAAAUGCUAAAUUAGAGACUAACGAACUUAAAGAAGAAAAUGUUGCUUUGAAAAACAAUCUUGAUAACAUGAUUAAGGAAUUGGAAUCUUCGAGAGCGAUAAAUAAUAAUGUUAAGACAAGGCUGGAUCAAUUAUUAUCCGAGAAUGAGCAUUUAAAGAACGAAUUAGAGAGGCGAAUGGCGGAGACUGAUCAAUUAAAAUCCGAAGGGGUUGCAUUGAAGGAUGGCCUCGAUAGACUGCUACAAGAAAUGGAUAGAUUAAAGGUUGAGAGCGAUAAACUGAAGGACGAAAGUGCUGUUGUUAAAACCGAAAGAGACAAUCUGACGACUGAAAGGGACAACUUGAAAUCCGAGAAUGGUCUUCUUAAAGACAACCUGUCUAAGACAAAUGUAGCGUUAGACGACGCAAAGAAACAAUUGAACAAAUUUAAAGUCGAGAAUGAAGUUCUUACAGAAGAAUUGGAGAAGGCUAAUGUAAAUAAUAACAAGCUACUCGCGGACUUGAAUACUUCGCAGGGCGAAAUGGCAAAGUUGAAGUCGGAGAACAGAAAAUUGUUACAAGAAGCGGAUGAUGGGAAAGAACAACUAACAAAAUUAUCGUCCGAAAUAGAAACUCUGAAAAAGGAUGUGGAUAAUACAAGUAAUAAAUUGACGAGGGCAAAUAACGAAGUUGCAGAUUUGCGGCGAGGAGCGGCCGAGUUAAAUAAUGAACUGAAAGAGGCGAAAGUUAUAAACGAACAGCUAAAGGCAGAUAUUCACCGAACGGAAACAGAGAACAAGGACAUUAAGGCGGAGAUGAGUAGCUACAAAGACGAAAAUGAUAGGCUAAACACGAAACUAAAUAAACUGAAUGAACAAAUAAAUUUAUCGACGGAAGAAGUAAACAAAUUAAGAGGACAACUCGACGACGCCGAGGAUCGGGUUAAGCUUCUCGAGGCUCAGAUCGCUAGUUUACAGACUGAUAAGGACAGGAUGCAAAAUGAGAUCAACGCUUUGCAAAAUGAGAUCGGAAAACUGAAACUAGAUCUAAGUUCGGAAACUGUUGCUAAACGAGACAUUCAGGAAGAAUUAGCGGCGUUAAAGAACGAGAUGAAAAAUUUGAUCUCGAAGAUCGACGAGAUGAAGGUGCAAAGUCAUGUUCUGAAAGAAGAGAGAGACGCCCUCAAAAGCGAGCUGCUGAAUCUGGGCAAGGAAUCGUCGAGCCUAAGGACCGCGAAUGCUGAGAUGAUGAGCGAGAUUAAUAAUUUAAGACCGGCUAUAUCAGAUCUUCAAUCGCAAUUAUCUAAGGCGGAGGAAGAUAUUGAAUAUUGGAAGUUGGAAAAUUGCAAGCUUAAAAUGGACGUAGAUAAGUUAUCCAUCGAGACUGACAAGACAAAGGAAGCUUUAAACGUCUGUAAGGUUGAGCAUCAGGCAUUAGAGAAAGAGAUAACGAAUCUUAGAAACGAGAAGAUUAAGCUCGAGGGAGAAAUAGCGGAGCUUAAAAAUUCGUUAAAAGGACUAAAUCUGUCUUCAUUCGCCGAAAAAUCUGCUAAAGAAAAGGCUGUGGAGGAACUGACGAAGGUUAAAGACGAGGCCGUUGCUUUAAGAGAGGAGCUUGAAACAUUGAAAACUGAAUUGAUUAAAUUAAGAACAGAGAAUGAUAAAAUAAGAGAUAAAGAGGAGAGCUUGUCGCGUCAAGUAUCAGCAUUAAAGGCAGAACUUGAAAACACAAAAAAUGAAAUGUUAGCUUUGAAAACGGACAAUGACGCAUUAAAAUCGAAAACGAAUACGCUAACGGCUGAAAACAACAAAUUGAAAAAUGAAUCGAAUAAGCUGAUGUCCGAGGUGGAUGGCCUGAAACUGGAGAACACGGAUCUGAGGAAAGAACGACAGAAAUUCGAGGAAGAAUUUGGCAAACUGAAAGGCGAGGGUGAUGGGCAGAGGGCUGAAAUUAAAAGUCUGAAGUCCAGCCUGACGGCUGAACAGGCAUUAUCAGAAAAAAUUAGAUUGGAAUUAUCUGCUAGCCAAUCGGAAAACGAUAGAUUGAGAGCGGAGCUGGAAAAUCUGCAGAAGAAUUUCGAUGCUCUUGAAUUGGCGAAUGGCAAGUUGAAUAGCGAAGUAGAGGAUUUAAAGAAAACGUCGAUCCACGCGCAGGACGAGGUGAACGCAUUGCAAUAUCGUUUGGCCACGUUGCUGGAGGAGAAGGAGGCACUUUUGAGUGAGUUAGAUAGUUUACGAGCGGAAGUGAGUGGAUUAGGUAAAGAAGUUGUGUCGGGUAAAGCUGCGAAGGAAGCUGCCGAGAAAAAGGCGAUCGUUCUAAGCGGCGAAUUAAUGGAGCUAAAGGCGGAACUGGAUAAGACGCGCGUGGAAAAUGAAAGUUUGAAAUAUGAGACGAACGAUGUGAAUAAACGACGCGCUGUACUGGAAAACGAAAAUGACGCUCUGAAAAUCGAAAAUACUAAAAUAGCAGUGGAACUCGAUUCCUUCAAGUUGGAUUUAGCAAAAGUGAAGAAUGACCUCGAUAAAUCCGAGAAUCAGAACAGCGAGUUAAAGGCAGAGAUCGACGAAUUGAAGAAAGUACUCGGCAAUGCCGAAACAAAGAUUAAAAUUUUAGAUGAACAGCUUGUUGACUUGUCGAAUGAAAAAGAGAGGGCCAGAAAUGCCCUGGCCCAAUUGCAAGACGAUUUGAAUAGAUGCAGGGCGGAUAACGAACGAUUAACAAUCGAAUUGGCCGCCUCGGAAGAUCGGUCGUUAGCGAUACAGAGAGAAUUGGAGAAGACUGAAAUCGAAAAUGGCAAAUUAAAAGAUGAUUUGGCGAGAGUGAGGAUGGAGCGUGAUAAAGAGCGGCAAGAUUUAGAGAAGUUAACGACAGAAAAUGAAGAAUUGCGGGACAAGCUAAGAAGAGCGCAGAAUGAGAUCAAUAAAUUAAAAGAGAAUAUCGAGAAAUCGAAAGGUGAUUUUAUAGAGGAUGUGGACGAUAUCGACAGGUCUGAAAAUGAAUUGAAGAAAUUGAUGAUCGAGAUAGACAAGGCGAGAGAAGAUUUAAGGCACGCGACGGAAGAGAAUAAUAAAUUAAAAAUGAUCAAUGAAGGUCUCGAAUUAGAAGUAGGUCGAUUCAAAGCGUGGCAGGACGAAAUAAAACAUUAUCCUGAGCAUGUUAUUGAUACGGAGGACCAAAUUCGACAACUGUUUGUCGAGAAUAAUGUGCUGAAAAUGGAAAACGUGGAACUAAAAUCCAGUUUGGAUGACUGUCAAGCUGAAAAGGCGCGCUUAAACAACGAAAUCAGUAAUUUGCAGAACGAAAAGGUUAAAUUACUGAAAUCUCUCUCUCCUGACGUAGAGGCUGGCGUGAUUAAACCGGAUGAAUGCGGCGACUUCGUUAAGGCGAAUGAAUUACUGAAGAAGCAAAUUGAAAAGCAAUAUGACGCCGUGCAACGUGUGCGUGAUUAUAUACAAUAUGUGGAUGGCAAAAUUCCAUCGAGACCGCCGAUGGCGACGACGCUAGACGAUGAUUUUGAGAUCAAUCGCUGGACCGUGCCGUCCAUUGUGGAGUUAUUAAAAGAAUCGCAAAAGCUAUCCGAGAGUAUCUAUUUAGCAGAGAUCGAGGUACAGGAUAUCGAUGAACUGUUGAGACUGCUUAAUAAAUGCAGGAUGGAUAAUGAGAAUUACAUAAAGCAAUUAUCGGAGCUUGGUGUGGAAGUUACCAAGGUUGCAGGUGCGGAUAAUGGCGAUGAGCUUGCAGCUUUUGACCCUGAAUCUUGGUUGAAAUCUUUGACACUAACACAACUGGCUGAGCUGCACGAUAAGAUCUGUCUGUUGACUUCAAAUAUGGUGCAACAAGAUAGCAGCGCUGCGGUCUGCGAUCGAUCAGCGAUUAACCGGGACCACGGUAGCGAUCGGCUGCGGGCGGAUUACGAUGCCUUAAACCGGCGGAUCGCCGCCUUGCAGAAGCAAAUAGCUGAGAAGCAGAUUGAGGCGGGGUGGAAGCUGCAGGAAUUAAGACGAGCUCUUCGUCUUGAGCAGGCAAACCUGAUUCGAAUCGCUGAUCGGAUGAAUCUCGAAAAGAGACGCAACUUGGCUCUCCACCUCACUAUGGACGAUUCAACGUGACAUUCUCUUUCCAUCGGUGGAUAUGUUAAAAGUGGUGCUUGCUUCAGGCAAAUUCUUGUGGCUGAACGCGCAAAAAUGAGGCAAAAUAUUCUUUAUAUCCUCCCUUCUUUUACAGUAUAUAAAAUAAAGACACGAUAUAAGAAUUCGA